GGAAAUAGAAAGGAACAGACACUCUAGAUUUCAACCAUUAUUCCGUCACUCAUUUGUUGUUCUAUACAAAGAUGUCUUCUCUACGAGUAGCCCAACGCGCUACACGGGUCUUGGUCGCUGGCGGCUCAUACGCCGGUCUCGCCAUGACGCUGAAUUUACUAGAUCUCUGCCAUGGAUUCUCGCCACGAUUUUCAGGCACAAAUGCUCCUGCAGAUAAGACCCAACAAGCUCCUGUUGAAGUUACGAUAGUAGAUCAGCGGGAUGGAUUUUAUCAUCUAAUCGGCACACCGCUAGCAUACACCUCGAGAGAAUACGCGGAAAAGGCCUGGAUACGAUUCCAAGAUAUCCCUGCUCUUCAGACACCUUCUGUCAAAAUCAUAAACGCCGGUAUCACACAGCUCAAUUGCCAGGAGAAAGUUGCGACUGUCACAGAAAUUUCGAAUCAGCAAGAUACCAAGAUACCGUAUGACUAUUUUGUUGCCGCGUCUGGUCUACGACGGACGAAACCAUCGGCGCCGACUGCGCUAUCCCGAAAGGAAUAUUUAAAUGAUGCUUUAGAGCAUAUUCGAUUAGUUGAGAGUGCUGAAGACGGCGUUGUAGUGAUCGGGGCAGGCGCCGUGGGCAUUGAGAUUGCUGCUGAACUCAAAACGACCCAUCCACAUCUCAAAGUCACAUUAAUCCAUUCCAGAAAACAGAUACUCUCUUCUGAGAAUGUAUCAGAUGAGUUCAGAGAUCUUGCUUUGGGCCUAGUCCAGGAAUCAGGUGUCGAGACGAUUCUAGGUGCUCGAGUCAAUAAGGUAAUCAAAAAAUCAGAUCCCGGCACAGGGUUAACAUCCUAUGAAGUCUGCUUCGUAGAUGGUCGGCAUGUCAAAGCAGGCUUUGUCGUCAAUGCAAUUUCCAAGUUCCAUCCCACUGCAAAUUACCUGCCAUCAAGCGCGCUAGAUGAGGAAGGUUAUGUCAAGAUAGGAUCUAGUACUGCAUUCGUGGAGGGUACACCCAAUGCAGAUUACCACUACGCAGCGGGCGACAUCGCCCGUUGGCCGGGAAUCAAACGCUGUGGUGCAGCAAUGCAUCAAGGACUUCAUACAGCAGUAAACAUCCACCAACGCAUCCUAAGUGCUCAAAACGGCAUCACUCCUCAAUUCAAAGAACUUGAUCCAAAUGUUCCGCCUAUGAUGGCUCUUGCAAUUGGCAAGAAAGCUGCUUCUUAUACUCCCGAUGAGGGUAUUGCGUCGGGAGAGGAUGUACUAAACUUGUUUUUUGGUGACGAUUUGGGGUUUGCGAUCUGCUGGAAUUACCUCCGUCUUGGAGAAGCUCCUUACAAGGGAGAAAGGCUUAUUGAUCUCGGGGACGCUGAUGUCAGGAAUGACACCCAAUUGCCCGAGUUACCCACCAACGAGCCAAUCCAGGCGUAGAAGGGCAUAUUGGUCAGUCCCCAGGUAUACUCAACUCUGGUCGUUUGAGAACGAGGGAAAUAUAUUAGUAUCUAUUUAGCGUUUGGCACUCGGGAUUUUGUUAUCUCUUGAUUUGUACAUCUGUAUUUGAUUGGUUGGAAUUAGGGCAUAUUGGUCAAUGUACCCUGGGAUAUUAGACUAAGUAUUGCCUAAUUUUGCAGAGCGACAUUUAUCUUGAAUAUUUC